AUGAGAGAGUCAUUAUUGGUCAUUAUAGUAUUCCACCGUGAUAACAAUUGAUUAAUUGGUCGUUUACACGGAGUGGUGGUUGCCGAAAUCACCCAAGCCAGGUCACAGGUGUUCAUGAUACAAGUACGCGACAAAGACAGUCAUAGUUUGUGAUGAACGAGGAAACCCAAAGGACUCUGUGAAAAGCUCUCGAAGCACAAGAAAAAACCAACUAUACAAUUAUUUUUACAUGAGUUUUAAACAGAUCAAGUGAAUGCGAGAUAUUUACCCAUCCUAGCUAAUUCAGCUCUUGCCAGUGACGUCUCGACACAUAAUUCGACGUAAUUAUUUUAGGUUGCAAAUGUUUAAAGCUAAAUACGGCGUUAAUUACGCUGGUUUACAUCCGUAGAGCUUCAGUUGAUCGCUUUUAUUUAACAUGCUAAAAUAUCUUCGGGUGAAUUCAUCGUGUCUAUACCAAUCUGCCAUGCACUAUAUUUGCCACCCAAAAUCGCGUGACUCUUAGCGUGACGUAAUAUUACUGCGUAACUGUCAACCAGAAUACCCUACCCUCAACCUGUAGUAGCAGGCUUAACUAAGUGGCAAGGGCGGGGUUCUAAUCGUAUCUGCACAUUAUCGUAAUAACUUAUUUAUUUAUUUAUUAUUAAGCCUUUAUUGAAUACUUUGCAUACAGACGUGCAAGUUUACAUGAGUUUAAAACAGCAUAAAAUGUAUAUACAAUAAUUAUGGUAAUUUAAAAAGACAUCUAUUAAUAAAACACCGCUUAAACCGUUCAGUGUGAACUUUCGUAUAAAAUCAUGUUCUCUUUCACGUAGUUUUCUCGUCCGUUUUCGGACAAUAGAUCGUACAAGCAGUGUCUCUCAUUUGAUAUGAUUUUAUUCCACAUAACUUUAUCUCUUUGCUCUAUUACGUCAAAGAUAGAUAUGCAAUUUUCCAUAUAGCCAAAUCUUACUGCACGACGACAGAAUUUAUCUAUACGUUUGAUGUACUUAUCCUUAUGCGCACAAGCGCAUACUUCUAUGGCAUAAAGAAACACUGACAUUAUUAAACUAUUAAAUAGGAUAGUAAGAUCAUCCAUCGAAUAUCCAAAGUAUUUACAUACUCUGAGAAUAUAUAACCUAGAGCUUGCCUUAUGUAGCAUUUAUUUAUUUUAUUUAUUGAAUUUGUCACCAUACAAAAAAAGAUGACAAAACAAGUUAUAUGUGACAGGAGAACGGAACAGGACUUUCGUCCCACUUGAAACCUAACCACUUACAAUAUACACAAAUAACAAUAUACUAUUUGUCUUUACUCAACAAUAUAUACAUUAUACUUUUGUAUACAUUUAUAUACGCAUACACAUAUUUGGAAACGACUAACAUGACAAAAAGAAGUUCAAGACUGAUUAUAAUUAGCUGAACAACCAGGAGGACUGUAUUUUGAUAACUUUGUAAUGUACAAGUUAAUUAGGGUAGACUUGAAUGCAGGUAACGAGUAGUAGACUUUAAGGUAUGAGGGCAGACUGUUCCAUAGUUCGGCUGAUCUAAUAAAAAACGAUGUGACUAUUUAUAUGUAUAAUAAACUGUAUAUAACAUCUUUUAAACGCACUGCAUGACUAAUUUUGAUAUUUCUAUUUCCUUUUAGUUGUUUAUCAACUAGGUUUGGUUGAAAGAGAAAUUGGUGAAGUAGUUCGUGGCUUGUUUACAAACACAGGGGGAAGCAAACCCACGACUCGUAAGACAGAUGGAGAAUCAGAUUCAAGAGAAAAGUUGUCUAAAAAAGAAAUUACCGAAGACGACGUCUGUCCGAUUUGUCAAGAAGAUUUAUUUGAACAGACACAACCUACAACUUACUGCAAGUAAGUGCUGCAUGUAUGUAAAGUUAUUGAAGAUUGCUUUUUCCCUGUGUUCUACCUACAGUGGGCAGUGCCCAGCACUCAGCAAUGGUGUAACUGGUGUCUGGCAUUCUAACCAAAAUGGACUCUUCCGUGCAGCACUUAAAAGGUUUCAAAUAUACAAUACAAAAAAAACAAUAUAUUUUGUAGUAGGUAUUUCCUACAAAUAUUUUGUAUUUUUAUCUUUGUUGGAGAAUGUUAUUGUUUAAUUAAAGAAAAAUAUUAGGUGAAAUUGAGCAUUACAGUGCACACAGAAAUGCACACGAGAACUGGUUUUGGGGGGUUUGUUGGUGUCGUGUUUCAAGUUAUACGUUAUACGUUAUACGUUAUAGCAACAUGACUGAAGCGUUAAAAAACGACCAUGAUUAUUAGCAAACUAAGUAAUGCUGGUGUACACCAUGUGUUUCUAACUACAUGUUCGAAUUAAUCUGACGCCAUAGUGUAAUCCAAAUUUCAUGAAAGUCAACUGAAGAAAGACCUUUUUGAAAACGUGCUUGCAAAAAGGUCCAAUUAAAUAAAAUAACUACUGACACAAUAACAACUGUUAGCUUGGCCCUGCUAGAAAAUUUCACCCGGUCAUAUUACACAAAAUAUUUUGAGACCAUUCCACUAUAAGUUCAAAUGGUGUCGGCAGGGUGCCUGCGGUUGCAGGCACUCGCCAAGCUGACUUCCUUUGGGCCCAUUACAUGCAUGUGGUUUCCGUCCUUCUGUUAAACAAUAACGGAUACAGCCCAGAACUGAUAGGGUUCAAAAAAUAAAGUGGAAAUUCUAUUCAGAAUGAAUUUUAAUAACCAAGUCCCUAGUUGCAUUAGUCGUUUAUCCACCUAGCAUAGUCUCAUUAAUUCAACCAGAAAGUGUUGUAGGGGUAACCUGGGUAACCGUUUUUAUAGAUCGUCAAAGUAACCUAGAAAUAUAGCCAGGAGUAAUCAAAAAAAUCUUAUUUUUAGUUUAACCAGGACCUUUAAUCACAGUGUUUCAGAGUCAAUUUCAUGAAUUUGAGUUAAAGGUCUAAAAUACCUAAAGUGUACUUCCUGUCACACGAAAAUCCCCGCAGGCCUUAAAAUAUCGGUCGGUCACGGACAUUGUCCGACCCAUUCGUGAAAUUGUCCGACGUAGAGAGGAAACCACUGGACAUUCUGUCCGACCAAAGUGAAACUGAGGUUUACUGUUUGUCCGACCCAAGUGAAUUGGUGUCCGACCGAACUGUAGCUUUGUCCGACGUAAAUCAAAAUGUACCCUGGCCCAGGACUAGAGGCUUGUAUGUUAAAUGGAAAAUCAGAGUACUAUUGUAUAAAAGGUGAACUGGAAAUGUUGUUUUAACGUAGUCGAGCGCGGGGCGGCGAGCGAAAUGGUGAAGUGGAAAACGGGCUUAAUGUUGUCGACGUCUUUUUUAACACUGCUGUUCUGGCAAGCAAAUUAAUUCUGGCUUGGAAAUAAGUAUGAAAAAAACAAAUUAUUUAAUAUCUUUACAAUAUUUACCAUUUAUUCAUUUGUGUCAUACAGACUUAUUUCCGAGUCAAACCUGAACUGAAGGUCAUCGGACAUAUGUCCGACCCAAACUCAACGUCACCGGACAUUUUGUCAGACGACCCUGUAAAAGAUAUUUUAAGGCCUGAAAUCCCCCCUUCGUCACAGGGAGUCCAUCGCGAGUCUUAUUAUGACAUUAUAUAUAUGAUUACAUUUGGAAAUAUACAAUUCAGUGUUGAAGAGCAGAUAGAGGCCCUGUAUUUUGCGCGGGUUUUGCAUGUUACGGGAUAACGCGUGCAAAGCCUACGAGAGAAAAUAAUAUUAUAGUAAUCAUAUAUACAUGUAUGUAAUGUUACAGUAAGAUCCGGGGUAAGCUCCCUGUACCUUCCUCAGGAAAUUCGCCCCCCCCCAUGUGAAGGGGGGGGGCGAAGUUUAGAAUUUUCGCCCUCCCCCUCCAAAUUUCUAUCUAUAAAACAGAACAAGCCAAGACGGUUGUGAAGAAAUAUUUUGGCAUAAAUACUCAUGCCUAAAGGUUGACAGGUCGGCUUUUAAGCGUUUUCAACACUAGCAACGUUAACAAUUGUUGUCGCACGGUGAUUGCAUUUUAACAUAAAACAAUGGUUCGCAAAAAAUGCAUUGGAAUCUUUUAUAGAGUGUCUUUUAUAGAGUGUCUUUAUUAUAUAAUGAGGUCGUUAUCGUCCAUAACAAAUUGUGAUAUUUUUUACAAGCAGGAAUAAUUUCUACUUGUGAAAUACUUGAUAUGAUGAAGUGUUCGGUUUAUAUAGCUGUGUUCCCUAAUUACUCCUGACGUACCUAUACUAGCAUCGGUUAAUUAUUUUACAAGAUCAAGAAGAGCUUUUAAACAUAAACUAUUUCGUGUAAAAACGCAUUUUAAUUAAAUAGUUUAGUUGGAAAAACUAAACUUGUGUGCUCUUGCAAGGGAGUAAUGGAAUUUGCAAUUCCAAGUUAUGGGAGGGCGAAAUUCCUAAAGGGGGAGAUAUUCCUAGGAAUUUCGCCCUCCCUCAGGGGGAGAAUUUGGGGCGGAUUUCCUGGGAUACCGGGCUCUUAUAAUCCCAUAUAUUGGCAGCCAAAGACCUCCACUAUUCGCACACUAUUCAAAUUUUCAUUUCACUACUCAAAGAGUUUAGUAACUACCGUGUUGUGAAUAUUUUUGUCAGGUAUGGUUGUGGCAACAGUGUUCACAUUAAGUGCAUGAAGGUUUGGGCUGAACAUCAGAAGUCUUCUGGAGAAACAAUCAUCAAGUGUCCUCUGUGUAGAGUGGAUUUUGGUCCGUUUGAGGUGAGUAACACGAACGAAAAUUAAUAAUUAUAUGCACAACAGUUGAAUAAACAGUACUUUAGAAACUAUCUGUAACUUUUGUACAAAUAUAGAUUAUACAAAAAUACGAAUUUUUCCACAGUUUGCACCCUCUGUUUGCAAAUUUUUGGCACGCCUUGUGAUUUUCAUCUUCGCUCUAAAUAAAUCAAUUUCGGCAACGGUUCCAGAUAUAAUCCGGCGAUUAACAGCAAAUAAGAGUGUUUGCGGAAUAUCGACUUGGCCAUUAAGAAAGAGUUAUAGCUCAUCUGUUAGUAUACUACACGAGUAGAUAAUUACACAAGCAUGAAGACACAAUUCCUUUUUGAUUUCUAUAGACGAUAAAAAGUGACUAUUUACGUUCCGUAAAGAACAAACAAAGAUAUGAUGUCCAUAUUGGAGCUGUUUGUGCUCAUUGCGGAGUUUCACCAAUCACGGGGAAAUGUUUCAGGUACAUUAUACCUUUACAAUAUUUCAAGUAAGCAUUGUUUAUUUCGUAGUCUUGUAUAGUUUUGUUUACUACAGAAAGCUGUAAGAAAACCAAGCAGUGCAUGAUGAACUUAUCAGUUUGAUUUGAAAUAGAGAUUGAAUGAUCACAAAGCAGCUUAAAGCUAUUAAACCACAAAAAUGACUAACCUUUCUAUAGGGCAUACGGGUGCGGAUAGCGCGCUGACCUUUACCGCCGACUGCUACUUUAGUAGGUCGUGGUUACGGAAAUUUCUUGGGUUAAGUUAAAAUUUCUCUCUGCUUGAAAACCCAUCUAAGUUUUUCUGCGGUUUACCUCCCUCACGAAAAUCAAACCAUUGACCUCAGUUACCACGAGGCUCUGGCUCGUGUCAAUCAACACCCUUUUAAGAAAGUACGUCAUUUUGGCUAUAGCGGCUCGUUUUUGUGUAUGUUAGAUUAGUUAAAAUAGGAUACAUCUUAAAAUAUCUUUCUCGAUGUGCUUCUUGAUUUCAGGCAAUCGAUUUAAUCGUUUGUUUGUUUGUUUGUUUGUUUGUUUGUUUGUUUGUUUGUUUGUUUGUUUGUUUGUUUGUUUGUUUGUUUGUUUCAAUUGUUUGUUUGAAUUGUUUGUUGAUAUGUUUGCUUAUUUUAUUACAAAUUGAUGUAGAUAUACAUGUUUUCGUUGUAUAGAUGCACAAUUUGUUCCAACUACCAGCUUUGUAAAGAUUGUUUCUCAUUAAAUCCACAUCCUCAGCACACAUUUCAUUUCAGACAGGUAUGCCCAAGUACAUUUAAUUUAAAUCUUCUGUAGCAUAUGUUUUACCAAAACCGGUCAUGAGGCGCAAAUUACACUAACAAAGGCUACGAGGCAUUUAGACUUCCGAAAAUGCUUGGACGGAAUCUUGGACUUUUAUGAGACUGAAUUUUUGUUGGACUUUAGAAGUUUUGCAGAAAAAACAAGCGACUGCUAGCAUUCACCUAAUUGGCUGCAUGGAUGAUAAUCUUUGCCAACCAAGGACAGGUAAUGCAUUACAAUGCUCAAUAAUUGUCUUAUACUGUUUGCUGGAUUCCUCUUUGUAUAGAAACCGAAUCAACGUUGGCGUCCAGCAUCUAAGUUCGAAGCCAUUCCAUCGGCCGUGGCAAACAACCUGGAGAGGAGAGAAAUUACUGAACAAGACUACAAUUUAUUGCUGCAGUUAGAUGGGUAAGACGUUGAUCUAAGCGAAAAAUACAGCUUUAAUUACUUAUUUCCUAAGGCGAAUACAUAUACCUAGCUCGCUUUUUGCACCACCAUUAAUUGCCUGGUAAUUCCUUUUAAAGAAAGUAGAGUUUUUUCAAUAGUGAGUUGCACUUAUAUACAUGUAUCGAAGACGUCAUUGCCUGAUAAGGCUACAUAACCAUGCCGUUAUACUUGCCGCAACUCUAACCAAAAGUCAUAAUAGUUAUUACUAAUACAUGUACAUACCUAAUACUAAAAGAGUUGUGAUCAACGGAUACAAAUUACUUGAUAGAUAAUUUUGACAUCUUCUGACACCAUAAAAUCUGUACCUAUGUUCACUGCUUUGUCGUCACAAACAUAACCCUUAGCUUGUUCUCGCCCGAGUUUCAAUUAUGCUAGAUGACAAGUCCAAUUGCUGCUUUCUAAGCUACAACAGUUACUCUUUCUUGUUUUAAAUAUAGUUCUUCAGUGAGCCAAUGCAGUGUUCCAGGACAUGUACUUAAUUCAUUUCCCACAGAAACACUGGCAGAUGAUAAUCACAGAUUGAUUGUGAAUGCCAAUGAACAGUGUGGUGUAUGUCUGUGUAGUUAUAGAUCUUCGCAGGUGGUACGCAGACUACCGUGUAACCACGAGGUUUGUGCAAUGGAGUAUGUUUUUAUGGUUUGAUAGUACAUGCAUAUUUCUGAAUGUUUUGAUCGGACAUUUCGACAGCUCAGUAUUCCCAGCACUCCUACAUACGUUAAGGGAGACAAUGAUUUAAUUCCCGGGUGCAGGGUCAUGGGACACUAAAAGGUUGUUUUCAGUCACUGGAAAGAAUUUUGAAAAUCCAUAGAAUGAAAAUUGUAUGGAACUUUAUUGGAAAUAGAAUGGAUUUUUGAUUAACCAUAAUAAUUGUAUAUUUCCAUACUAUGGAUAUAGUAUCGAAAUAGUAUGGAUAUACUAUGGAUUUAGUGGUGCAAUUGCAAAUCUCAUAGUAUGGAUUUCACAUUUUUUCCCAGUGAGUUGAACGAAUUGUGUUUUGCUGAGAAAAACAAACGAUUUAAUCCAAUUCAUUUAUAAUAUUCUUCCACUUCUACACUAUUCCAUGUUUUUCCUCACUUAUGAUAAAAUAUUAAAUAUAAUAAUGAGACACCCCUCCCCGUUCACAGGACAAAUCGUCCCUCCCGCUUUCACAAAAAUAGAUUUAGUAAUUCUCCUAGUUGGUGUUGGAAUGUUUUCAUUCUGUUUUUGCAAUCAGGGAAACUCUCCAACAAGCCCCCAUUUGAAAAAAAUAAUACAGUAAGCCCCCAAGGAGGAUUUGUGGUGUUUAUAUUUUGUUAUCAUUUCUGCUAUGCCCAGUUCCAUCGUGUCUGUAUCGACUCCUGGCUAUCCAGAGACCACAACGUGUGUCCGAUCGAUGGACAAACGGUAUACUCUGAUGUCGUGAGAACUCCACCAAAUCGUGGCAUGAACAGAGCUACUCAAAAUCCUCGACAACGAAAUCUUCCCGUAAAGAAAACCUCGCUCUCGACAUUGAGUAAGAGACAACGAACUUCUCAUAAUCGAGAGUUUACCAUUCCGCAAGACUUUUCCCUCUAUGGUUCAAGCUUACGACAAAGGUAUUUAUAUAUACAAAACAGCUGUGCAAUCAAGGUUGCUGCGCAGUAUUAGACCUGGUACCGGUUGGAAAAUAAUUCCGAUAUCCGGACGGAUAUUAGGGAUUUAAAGUUUCGCAUUCAUUCGUCAAACGCCGCACUAAGGUCAUAUACGGUAUUACAGUAUGCUAGCUACAGCACAGUAUGAACAGUAGCUAUAUAUAACGAAUUUCUGCCAAGAAAAUUCGACUCUGCGGUUUUCCAUUGUCCUGGACCAUGAAUGUUAUUUUUCC